CAUUAAACAGGGGAAGUGAAGCCAGUCGCAACUGCUUCAUUGUUUCACCCCCCUCUCACUAUCAAAACACUCUUAGUUCACUAUGGGUGAUUCCGCUUCUUCAGAGUGAAAUUGAACGUUAAUUGUCAGAAAAUCUCCCCGAACAUCGUUUCCUCCGCCAUGCUUCAGCUGAACGACACCAUGGACCCGGAGAGCCCGGGUGCUGCGGUUCUCCUCCCCGCAGAGGCAGAGGAGGGGGUGGAGGUUGCUUUCACGCCUCCGGAGGCCCACGGACGGAGCUUCGGACACGCAGCCUCCGUGGCCUGCUGCCCCCCCUUACAGACGCUCACGCCUUUCCAUGUCCACAACCCCACCAUGCAAGCUAAAGUCAAGGACUACUUCGUGUUCAGGCCAGGUACCAUCGAGCAGGCGGUGAAUGACAUCCGGACUGUGGCGCUCCCAUCAGAGGACGGGGAGGUGCUGAGCGUCUGGCUGCUGGUGGAAGUAGACCAUUGGAACAAUGAGAAGGAGAGGCUUGUUCUGAUCACUGACAGGUCUUUGCUGGUGUGCAAGUAUGACUUCAUUAAUCUGCUGUGUCAGCAAGUGGUCAGGAUAUCUCUGAACGCCGUAGACACCAUCUCUGUGGGUGAAUUUGAAUUCCCACCAAAAUCUCUCAACAAAAGAGAGGGCUAUGGGAUUCGUGUUCAGUGGGACAAACGUCCUCGGGCUUCGUUCUUAAACCGCUGGAACCCGUGGUCCACAGACAUGCCCUACUCCACCUUCACAGAGCACCCCAUGGCCCACGCUGAUGAGAAAGUGGCUUCCCUCUGCCAGUUGGACAACUUCAAAACCCAGCUGGUACAGGCAGUGAAGAAGGCCCAUAAGGAGCACCCCAUCCCCGGACGGGCUAACGGCGUGCUGAUCUUGGAAAGACCCCUCCUCAUCGAGACCUAUCUGGGUAUUAUGUCUUUCAUCAACAACGAGGCGAAGCUUGGCUAUUCCAUGACGCGAGGCAAAAUAGGCUUCUAGAAAAUUUCCAGGGAGGAGCCUGUGUAUGUAUCUUGAUUACCUUGUACUGUCUGAGGGAAGCUCCAGUACAAUGUGCAGCUUGACUGUGAGUGUGUGUUUGUGUUUGAGUCGAGCCCAUGACAUGUCCAAACGUCCAUUAAUUUGGUUUGAAGACAAGUGGUCGACCUGCAGAAGGUAAAACACAGGAAGCUCUGCAACGAUUCCUGUUUUCUGCUUCCCAUCAGAAACCUGCACACGUCUUUUGCAUAUCCACCUUCUACAGCAUAUGCUUUAAAUAACAUAACUUAGAAAACUACUACGCUCCCUUUACAUUUAGUCAACUCCAAGCUUACACAAUAUUUUGAUUUUGAUUGAUUGCAUUUAGAUAAGAGAUUAGAUUUGUUUAAACCUUAAGCAACAGCAGGAAGCCAUGUUAAACAAAAUGUUUCAGUUGGUUUAUUACAUAGUUGAAACUGAAUGGUUUUGUUAUUGCAUUAUUAUAAAUAAGAGGAAUUUAACCCUAAUGUCACAUGUUUACAUAGAGAAGACUAAAAAUGGAAUUAACAACAAAUGCACAGUAGAAAUGACAUAUUUGGCCUUGUAACACAUGUGUAACCUUAUUGUAAUUUAUUGUAUUUAUUUUUCGGAGUAGGAGGAAGCGAUUUGUAACCAGGUCUAUGCAGGAGUUUUGAUCUUAUUUCUUUAUAUUUUGCUUCCAGUAAGCCAUAUUACCUCCUAAAGGAUGUUUUAGCAAUAGGUCUGAAGGACUUUAUGGAUGAGUUGCAGUUUUUGGCCAAUUUAGUAUUGAUAUGAUUAAUUCUUCUUGAUUAAAAAGGAAUUUGUAUCCAUCUUUACACAACGAACUAUUUAGCUAUUUGCUUUUUGUGAUGAAAGACAAUUUGUCAACUUAUGCUUUUGAUUCAGGUAUUAAAAAAGGCCAAAGAAAACCUUUUAGUUUAUAAUGUUAAUCCUACAGUUAUUAUCAAAGACAGUUUGCCAUAAUUUAGAAUAGUGUGCUUGAAUGAGAAGAACAAAUAAAAAACUGGAGAGAAAAAAGAAAUGUCAGCCUUUAAAGCAAACUGAUUAAUCCUGUUAAAAAUAAAUAUGCCUUUCACAAUGAAAAAGGUAUUUAAUACAUGAAAAUGUUUCCCAUUAUUUUAGAUGAAUUUUCUUCAAUUAUUGUAUUUCAAUCAUUUACCUUUUUCUUUUCAAACCAAUUGGAAAUUAAAUCAAAAUGACCAAAACCUGGUGUCAUUGUGUUAGGCAGAGUAGUUUAAAUAAUUGUUAACAUCUAGCAUAAUUCAAAGGAUCCGCCUCACAAAAUGAUCCUGCAGGAAAUGGCUACUACUAGACAGAAGAAAACAGAGACCACAAACGUCGUGGUCCCACUUUUUUAAAGAAAACGUGGUUUACUGGAAGCAAUUUGCUGGAAAAGGCUGGCAUUUAAUUGGUGAUAAUGUGUUUGAGUGACAUCUUUUCCACAUGACCACUAUAUUUUGUUUAAAAAAAUCAAUUAUCUGUAGAUUGCAUAAAAAAUAAGAUUUGUAUCUAAAACUAAUUUAAGAUUAGUUGAUAAAACUUGAAGGUGGUUUGACAGUGAAACAAAUCUGCAUUUGUUGUGGGGCAAUAGAAAAACUUCACAUGGUCAGAUGUAUGUUGUUUCAGAGUGAUUGGCACUAAAGAACGCUCAGGGACAAAAAGAAAUCAGUUGCCCUCCACAAGGUCCUAAAUACCUAGAUUUGUACUUUGUAUUCCCAGAUAAAUAAAUGUUCCAGGGAGUAUAUAUAUUAUAAUGUUCUCACUUAAUUAGUCAUAGAAAUAAUCCAGACUUUAUUCCAAAUGAGAAUUCCUCAGAUGUGCCUGGAUGAAUGAGGAUCCAUGUUCGCCUUCAUCCAAAUCUUUUUUAGUUAAUGUGGCCAUUUUGAGCAAAGCUAAACAGGUGUCUCACAGCACAGUCUUUUGUCCUUGUGCAUGGUUGUUGCACGCCGAGUUUGCACGACUAACCUUUGUUUGCUAAACAGUACCAUAUGUGUAGUUGUAAAUAAAUAUUUAUCAGCAUUUUUUUAUUAAAAUUAAUGUAUGUAAGUGAAUACAACAUAAUGUCUUAUGAAUGCGAGUUGAAGCAGUGUUUUGUUUUUAAAAAACUAUUGUCUUAAUUAAAAUGUUUUGAGGUUCUGAUCAAUGUUUCCAGCUCAGCAUCAAAAGUGGAAGAAAAAAAAAUAA